CAGAGUGGAUGUGUUGCGUGGAAAAGAAGCUGCUCAUGGAAGUAAAAUGAGUUUUUCAGAGUGCAAGAAGAAUAUCCAGUGCUGUUUAUGAAAACACGUUAAGGAGAUCCCAUUUACCUCAGAAGAACUGCAACUUUAAAGUUUUUUUUCCGACAGGUUCUGCGGUGGACUUAUCUAAGGUGGUUCUGAAGCAGUCGCUGGAUAUCUUUAUCCAAACCGUUAUGGCACUAACAGCACAAAUGUCUGAAAGAUCGGGACAGAUUAUCCUACACAUUGCUUUAAGUCUCUUCAUAUUUUCAGCGGAGCUGAUAACGGCUCAGCAUGAUGGGAGUGUCACUCUCCCAGCUGCAUCCCCCGAGCCCCCCGUCGUCCCAGUGCGGGCCCCCAACGUUCACCUGAAGCAGGAGGACAUCCAGAGGCUCAGGUUCAAACCCACUGUGAGCCAAAUCCGUCUGUCAGAGGGCAAGGAGGUCAAGUUCAGCUGCUCGAUUGACAUCCAUGAUGUCUCCCUGGACCUGACCAUCAUCUGGUGGAAGAAUGGCGUAGAGCUGGCUGGGAACCUGCAGGCAGUGGUCAAUGAGCUGCACACUGAGGAGCAAGGAGUGGUCACACUGCUGUCUACUCUCAGUAUUAAUAGUGUGCGACGUGCUGACGCGGGGGAGUACCGGUGCAGGCUGAGUGUCAGUAACACCGUGAUCGAGUCUGAGCCCAUUCACAUCCAGGUCGAAGGUCUUCCAACAUUCACUAGCCACCCUGAAGACGCGAAUGUCACGCGGAACUCCCCCUUCAACCUCUCCUGUGCGGCGGAGGGGCCCCCCGACCCUGUCAACAUCGUGUGGCUGCUCAACGGGACACGUGUGGAUUCCCCGCGUCCCUCCCCUUAUGACAUCACUAUACCAGGUGUAGAAGGUGUCACUCAAGUCAGUUGUGAGGCCCGCAACGAGAAAGGCCUCACCACAUCCAGAGAAGCAGUCAUCAAUGUCAAAGAACUUCCAGCUCCUGUCUCCCAGUUGAGACUGACAUCACGAGCAUCCAAUAAUCUCAUUCUGAAGUGGACCCCGGGACAUGACGGGUUCUCCCCUCUCACUGCCUGCCAUAUCCAAGUGAAAGAAACGCAGCCAGGAGCAGAUGGGUCUGUGCGUGUCAUCAACGCCUCGGUCCCGCCCUUUCAGUGGGACAUCUCGGACUUGCGGGCCAUGACCCGCUACAGCAUUAGAGUGGCCUGCAGCAAUGAGAUUGGCUCGUCUCCCUACAGUGCCUGGGUCCAGGGCAACACCACAGAAGGAGUGCCAUCAUUGCCUCCUCACAACCUGACAGUUCAGCUGAAUGACUCUGUGCUUGUGGUGCGCUGGGAGGGCCCCCCCGAACAUAAAGUGAACGGAAUCCUUCAGGGGUAUGAUGUCAUCAUCAGCCAAGGAAACCAUGUGAGCAAGAUUCGCAGUGAUACGAAUGUGGCCUACAUCCCAGUCCAAGUGUUCAACACAACGUAUAGUGUGCAGGUGGCAGCCUGCACUCAGAGAGGGAGAGGUGUGCUCAGCCAGCCUGUGGUGCACUUCGUACCGGAAGCUGACCCUGCUCUGUCUCCGUCCUCCAGUCCUGACACCCGGGGUUCCAACUCCAUGUACGUCGUACUGGGGGUGGUGUGUGGGUUCUGCCUGCUGCUGCUCAUCCUCUGGGCGGCCGUGUGUGUGCGCUCCAGGGUUCUGGACACCCGCUUUGGGCAGGUGUUUGGAAGUGGAGAGGAUGUACGCCAUACUGUCCAAUACAAAGCGCAGAGGUCCUACAACCGAUCAGCUAUUGAAAUCACACUCGGCAAUCUGGGAGUCAGUGAAGAGCUCCAGACCAAGCUUCAGGAUGUGAUGGUUGUGAGGAGCCUGCUGUCCAUCGGAAAGAUUCUGGGAGAGGGGGAGUUUGGCUCUGUGAUGGAGGGUCAUCUGAAGAAGCCGAAUGGAAGCAGUGAGAAAGUUGCUGUGAAGACCAUGAAAUUGGACAACUUUUCCCAGAGGGAGAUCGAGGAGUUUCUGAAUGAGGCAGCCUGCAUGAAAGACUUCCAUCACCCCAAUGUCAUCAGACUGCUGGGUGUGUGUUUAGAGGUGGGCUCCGGUCGCUUUCCCAAGCCCAUGGUCAUCCUUCCUUUCAUGAAGUAUGGAGAUCUCCACAGCUUUCUGCUGCGUUCUCGCCUCGGGGAAAGCCCUCUGUACCUGCCCACACAGACUCUUCUAAAGUUCAUGAUUGACAUCGCCCUGGGCAUGGAGUACCUCAGUAGCAGGAACUUCCUGCACAGGGACCUGGCUGCCCGCAACUGCAUGCUGAGAGAUGACAUGACGGUGUGCGUGGCGGACUUUGGCCUGUCUAAGAAGAUCUACAGCGGGGAUUACUACAGGCAGGGCCGCAUUGCUAGGAUGCCUGUGAAGUGGAUUGCUGUGGAGAGCCUGGCGGACCGGGUCUUCACCGUGAAGAGCGAUGUGUGGGCGUUUGGUGUGACGAUGUGGGAGAUAGCGACACGCGGCAUGACGCCAUAUCCCGGUGUUCAGAACCACGAGAUUUACGACUACCUCCUGGAGGGACACAGACUGAAGCAGCCAAUGGACUGCCUGGAUGAGCUGUAUGAGAUCAUGUACAGCUGUUGGAGAGCGGACCCAGUGGACCGGCCAUUCUUCACUGAGGUGCGAGUACAGCUGGAGAAACUGGCAGAGAAGCUUCCGGAAGCAUCCAGCAAGGAGGACAUCAUUUACAUCAACACCAGCCUUCCAGAAGAGGACCAGGGAGCAGAUAUGGAACCCUGUGGGGGUGCUCCACUCUUCAGCUCCUCCCCCUCCUGCAGCCGCCCUGCCCCUGACACCACCCUCGUCACCGUUGACGUCCACGAGAGCAUGGAAGAGGACGACGACCGCUAUGUCAUUGUCAUCGCCUCAGAGGGCCCUGCUGCUAAGACAGACACGGGCGAUGUGGACACACCCCUCCUCACAAGUGACGGCACAACACUGGCCAAUGGCAGCCAUCCUGGCGAAGGGCCUUGUCUGUAGCAACCAUCUGGCAGCUCUAUGCUCCUGCUGUGAUGGGCAGGCUAAGAACUCCACUCCUAUUGGAAGGGCACGAACGCCAGCGCCAACUCUUUGUAUGCUAGUGACAUCGCCAGCUUAACAGACUGCUGACUGACUGGACAUGUUGCUGAGGAUUGUGAAACGGCAUUGUUCCCUAAAAGGCUUUGUUUGUUGUUUGAAACCAGUAAUGCUUUUUACUGAAAGUCGUGAGUAGGUUUGCAGUACUUGCGAGACCCUGACACAGCCAGAAAACUAAACAAAAACAACUGCCAGACUUCCAGUUGCAGUCAAGAGAAGAUGUUGAACUUCAGAAACAAAACUGAGAGAAUGUCUCUGGAAAAAUAUGCAAAUAUCUACCCUUGAGGAAGUUUUACUUUUAGAGUCAGUAUAACAUUGUAGAUAAAACUGUGAACUGCAAAUGCCAGUAUUUUUGUAAUUGUUACAGAAAGUGGGGAGGGACAAAAAAACAAUCAAAACCUUUGACUGCUGCUGAAGAAAUGAAUCUGUAUGUUGCUCUCCUUUUCUAAUCACAGCAUGAAUAUGCACUUUGCAUCAAUACUCCAACCUACUUUGAUGUCAUUUUAAUAUGUGAAAACUAUGCUGUUUGUGCACAGAAGGAUUUUGUAAAAAGAAAAUGACAUUAACUAAUGUCAUCAGCUUUGUAUAUACAAUAUGAAUAUGUAUAUGUGCUGUACAUUCUGCUUGAAAUAUGAUUUUUGUUUAUUUUCAACCAAGCUAACAAAAGAAAAUGAUUCCUCAGGCUUGAUAAAGGGCCAGUUUAUAUUGAUGAUUAUGAAACCAGGGUUAGACUCUCUUGGACAAGGCACUUUAUCUUACUGUAGUUACAAAACUCCAGCUAUGUUAAUCCAUCAGAGAAAAUGUUAGAUGUAGAACUAUUUUGUUGCCAUGAAAGGGCUGUUUGCUAAGAAAAUAAAUUAUGUAAUGUAAUC